AUGUUCUCUUUUGACGUGGCCGCCCUACCCCAGCUGACGACGCGCAAAGCCCUCAUCGCCGUCGACUUCCAAAACGACUUUGUCGGUGGCGACGGCGACGCGGCGCUGCCCGUGUCCGAGCCCCAGGGCUUCGUCGCCCGUGCCGUGGCCCUGUCCGAGGCCUUUCGCGACGGCGUUGGCGAUGUCGUCUGGGUGCAGUCGUGCUUCGACCAGGCCCGGCCCGCCGACCAAGAGCCCAUCAUCACGUCGGACACGGCGCCGCCGCCGCUGCGCCCGAGGACAAGCACCAGCAGCGGCAGCAGUCGCCGCCGUGGUGGUGCCGGCCGGACCAAUGUGCCGGAGCUGCCGCCGCCCGCAGAGGAGCAGGGCCCGCCGGAUCCAGAGGCCUUUCUGAGCCACGAGGAGCCGGCGUGCGUCAGGGCGUCGUCGCCGGGGGUCGAGAUGGCGCCGGCUAUCAGGAGGGCCGUCCGUGAGGGUGACACGGUCCUGACAAAGAGCUAUUACUCGGCCUUUCUGGGCACGCCGCUGCUGCGCCUGCUGCGCGCCAAGAUGGUCAUGGAGGUCUUCAUCUGCGGCUCCCUCGCAAACGUCGGCGUCUACGCCACGGCCCUCGACGCCGCCGGCCACGGCAUGGCCAUAACCGUCGUCGAGGACUGCUGCGGCUACCGCGCCGAGCCUCGCCAGGUCAAGGCCGUGCGCAGCCUCAUCGAGCUGACGGGCUGCGAGUUUGCCAGCUACCAGGAGGUCCUCGAGGUUAUCCAGCCCAAGAAGAAGAAUACUAAGUCGUUGUUCAAAGACCAGACGGAGCCGAGCGAGGGCGAGGAGCUGCAAGAGGACAAGGGCGGCAAGACGGAAAAGAAAGAGGAGAGAUCAAGGUCCCGCGAGAAGGGCGAGACCACACCAAAGGGAAGAGCCAACACCUCUCCCGACAUCGUGAGGCCCAUGACUGGGCUCAGGCUCGUCUCCGAUUCACCCUGCCCUGCGGCUGCCGAGGGAAGCGCAGGAAGCACAGCACAGGCCGAUCCACCGGACACCCCGUCGAAGCGACCGAGGCCAACCGCAGUCGAGGCUCCGGCAACUAGAUCGAAUAGCCAUGAUGACGAUGAUGACGAUGACAGUGAACGGGACGAUGCUGGUGCUGAUAUGGAUGAUACCGAGUCAGAGGGGGCAUAUGUAGCUGCUCUCGCCGGCUCGUCUCCGACGCCGGGGCGCGAUCAAGCCGAAGCAUCGCAACCUCUGUCACAACCUCCUACUGACAAGACGGCGUCGCCAAGCGAAGACGCUCCGGCAGCAGGACGAAGGGCCGAGGUAGGAGAUUCAAAAACGGCACCCGUUGCCGACAGCAAGCCCGCUCCACCACUCUCAGACACAGACGAGGAGGAGGAGGAGGAGGAGGAGGAGGAGAAGGAGGAGGAGGAGAAGGAGGAGAAGGAGGAGGUGGAGGAGGAGGAGCAGGGCCAGCCACAGACCACGACAGGCCUCUGCGAGGGCGACACCAGCGUCAUUACCAAACUCCUCCCCCCCUCGGUGGAAGCAGGCAUUUUCGAGCGGCUGCGCAACGAGGUGCAGUGGCAGCGCAUGUCGCACCAGGGCGGCGAGGUCCCGCGCCUCGUCGCCGUCCAGGGCGCCGUCUCGCCGCACGACGGGUCCGCGCCCGUCUACCGCCACCCGUCGGAUGAGGCGCCGCCCUUGCUGCCCUUUUCCCCGACGUUGCUGGCCGUCAGGGCCGCCGUCGAGGAACAGCUGGGACACCCCGUCAACCACGCCCUUAUCCAGUUCUACCGCGACGGCAGCGAUUACAUCUCGGAGCAUAGCGACAAGACGCUCGAUAUCGCCAAGGGUUCAUACAUUGCCAAUGUGAGCCUCGGCGCUCAGCGCACAAUGGUCUUUCGCACCAAGCGUCCUGCCAGAACUCCCUCCCCGUCUCCGCGACGCCGUGUCCAGCGCGCCGCGCUCCCCCACAACUCGCUCUGCAAAAUGGGCCUUGAGACGAACAUGAAAUGGCUCCACGCCAUCCGCGCCGACCGUCGCGCCGACCGCGACAAGACGACGCCCGAGCUGGCCUACGGCGGCGCCCGCAUCUCCCUCACCUUCCGCCGCAUCGCCACCUUUCUCGACCGCGACCACGCCGUCAUCUGGGGCCAGGGCGCGACUGAAAAGACGCGCGCCGCCGCGCGCCCCGUCGUUAAUGGCCAGGGCCCGGAGGCCGUCGCCAUGCUGCGCGCGUUUGGCGCCGAGAACCACGCGUCCGAGUUUGAUUGGGACGCACACUACGGCGGCGGAUUUGACGUGUUGCACAUACGCUGUGCGCCGCGGUUCUUUGCGUCGGCCGACGACGCCGUUGUUAAUAUGCGUGUUGCGCUGAUGCUGGCCGAGUAUGGCAUCGGCUAUGCCAGGGGUAGCAUGGGUCUGGCGGCGCAGAACACCAAGGCCGCUGGCGCUGAUGACGACGCUACCGACGAGAGCCCACAGCAGGCCGUGGCCGGCGACGUGGCCAUCAUGCUCUACCUGGAAUCAAGCUACGGCCAAGCCAAGGCCGCCGCCGACAACAGCCCGACCCCAUCGCACGCCGAGCUCGCCGCCCGCUUCACGCGCUUCCAGCGCGCCCUCAACCUGCGCGACAUGUUCCGUGCCCACCCGCCCGCCUCCAAGACCGCCGCCCCGCGGCCAAGGCUGUCAAGAGCCAUGCAGCGAGAACUCGCCGCGUGGGACGUCUUCGCCGCCGCCGCCCUUGUCGACGACGGCGACGGCUUCAUCGCCGGCCCGACCAUGUCCCUCGCCGACUUUGCGCUGUGGCCUGUCUUACACGCCCUGGUCGAGGAGCUUGGAUCCGCGGCUGUGUUCGACGACGACGGCUUGGAUCGGCUGCGGCGCUACUACGAUGCCGUGGCCGCGAGGGAGAGCGCGAAAAAGGUGCUGGGUGGGAUGCAAGCGGUGGGCAAGAAGAGCCCGUGA